AUGUCGGCAACAGCAAGCGACCACGCACAUGCCCAAUCCUCAACUCUCCAAACCGCAAAACGCAAUCUCCAAUUCCUCUACGAUCCCAACUCUCCAAACGCACCCACCCGCCGUCGCACCCGCGCUAUCCUCCGCACCCUCCGCUACACUCUAAAAUUUCUCUUCUGGCGUCUGGUGCGGUAUGCAAAGUACGCAGCAGUGGGUGCCAUCACCGCAGCAAUCGCCGGCACAGCGAUAGGCAGUGUCAUGUCUGGAGCUGCGUUUGUGCUUGCGCCAACUGGCAUCGUAGGUGGUGCUGGUGCUGGUCUGCUUUGGGGGUUGGGCAAGUUUGGAUGGAGGACAUUGGCGAGGAAGGUCAGGAGUGGUGAGGCGCAUCAUGCUGAUGCCAGGGCGGACGAGAAGGGCGAAGGGGAGGAAGUGGACCCUAUCAAGCCGCCGAAGAUGGCAGAGCCUUGGUGA